AUGCCGGAUCUCGGAUCCUGCGGCAAUGCAUGCUGCUUGGCAGAUCUCGAUCUCUCCAUGGAUCCGGCGGAAGCCUACUCCCACACCCUCAGUGUCUUGAAGGGCUUGCAGGACGUCGGCUACAGCUAUGUGACUGGCGGCGACCCGGAACAUGAUCACGUGCUCUUUGACGACCCUCAUCCGGGAGAUGACCUCCGCGAUUUCAACAUCACGACGCCGAAGCCCUUUAAGUAUCUCUUCCAGGGCCGCCACGAUGCUCCCAAGUACAAGGGUCCAAACGGCGACAUCCUGAACUUUGCGAUCUACGAAUCCGGCGCUGGCUCCGUGCUGCGCAUGUUUUCGAUUAGCCGGAUCCAUGGUGCGGUGGGCGACUAUGGCCAGAACUACAAGACGCUGCAUUUCCUCUCCGACAAGCUCACCUCCAAGGAGCCCACUCGGGUGCAUGGUUGUGGCCUUCCCAUUGCAUCUUCGGCAGCGGCCCCACCCUCCACCUCCGAUCCCGCCAAGCAAAGCUCCUCGAGUGUGUGCGGAGCCUCUCCUUCCGAAGUUCCGGACUGCGAUAGGCCGGAUUUGGGCUCCUGCGGCAAUGCAUGCUGCAUGGCAGAGCUCGACCUCUCCAUGGAGCCGGAGGCAGCAUAUGCACAAGCCCUGGAUGUACUGAAGAGCUUGAAGGACGACGGCUACCGCUACGUUACUGGCGGCGACCCCAAUCCAGGAGAUGAUCUCCGCCACUACAACUUCACGAAGCCGGAGAGCUUCCAGUUCAUCUUCCAGGGCCGUCAUGAUUCUCCAAAGUACUCGGGUCCAAACGCCGACAUCUUGGACUUCACGAUCUACGGAUCGGGCUCGGGCUCCGUGCUGCGAAUGUUUUCCAUCAGCCGGAUCCAUGGCGCUUUGGGCGACCAUGGCCAGAAUUAUAAGACUCUGUCCUUCAUGGCGGAGAAGCUGGAUGCAUCGAAGAAGCCUGUCCCGAAACACGGCU